CAGAAGUACACUGACAUCAAUAAUGCGCUAAAAAUGACAGCGAUCAUCCCGAUCGUGUCUCCCGUAACUUACAGCGUAAGAAGAGACAUACGGGUAUUGAAUUACUGGUGAUGUGAGCCUGAGGAUCAUGUUGAUAACCUACUGAGAGAUAAAUGAAAGAAAGUCAUUAGAAUUGCUGUUUGUGGGAAGACACAAUGAGUAUCACAGGGGGAUCAUACAUGUCCCAGCCUUACACAAACUCUGAGGCUGUGAAGAGAUGUAUGGUCAUGUCAACUGGGCCCUUGUCCUCACAUAUGCUUGUGAAGGAACCACAUCCUCCAUUUGCGGUUAACUAUGGCAGAAGUAUCUCAAGACCAAGACCUUACUCAGCUCCUCAUGUUAUUAGAAGUAAUGGACCUAUACCGCCCCAGAGACAGAUGCCUUACCAUGACCCUCGCACAUCACAGCGCCAUUUGCACCACUCUCUCUUCCACCGGCCUUACGAUACCCCUACCACAAGGGCUGCACCCUUUGCAGCUAGGAAAAUAGAAGCAUUUAUUGAUUCAACAUUAAACAAGAACUCUCGCAUACCUUAUGAUGCUCUCAAUGACCCUCAUCUUGUUGACUACUAUGAAAGGAAAUUUGGUGCCCUGGAUAUUCCAAUAUACCGCAGAUCAACUACCUCAAACUUACUGGGAUCCAGAAGAACGCAAAGUGCCAGGUAUGGCCGUGGAAGCUCAGGGGUGUUAGGGGAGGGCAAAGUGCUUUAUAAGGUCUCUGUAACUACUGCCGAUAAGAAAAAUGCAGGAACUGAUGCAAAGGUGUGGAUCAGCAUGAAGGGAACCAAGGGAAAGUUGACAAAAACACGACUCACAAAAAAGGCAGGCUCUGUCAAAUCAUCCAAGGAUGUGGCUUUCAAGUUUUCCAGAGGAACUACGCACAUUUUUAAAAUCAAAGGACCAGAGCUCGGGGAUAUCAGAUCCAUUCAAAUAUCGACGUCAGCAAAGACACAGGCAGAAGCUUGGUAUCUACAAGAGAUGGAAAUUGUAAAUACAAAGACAAAGAAGUCCUGGUUGUUUUUAUGCAAUCAGUGGUUUUCUCUGUUCCAUUCUGAUCAGCAAACCAGCAGAGAGCUUUAUCCUGAAAAAGCCAGCAAAACAGAGUAUGAGAUUGUCACGGUGACAGGUGACUGUCAGUCUGCUGGGACAGAUGCCAACGUUUUUCUUACCAUAUUUGGUAAGACAGGUGUCACGCCCAAAAUUCACCUCAAGAAUAACCACAGGAAGUGCUUUCGGCGGGGCACAAGUGAUGUUUUUAUGGUGAAGGCGAAAAGUGUUGGGCAGAUGACAAAAGUCCGGAUAGAACAUGACAACACUGGUUUUGGAGCAGGAUGGUACUUGGAAAGGGUGGUGGUGACCGACAUGAGGACAAGCAAAUGGAAGUACUUCUUUCCUUGUGGCCAGUGGUUGGCCAAAGAUGAGGGUGACGGGGCUAUCUGUCGUGACUUGGCAGGCAGCAAGGACCCGUUAGCAAUGCGAAAAGUGACUAAGUAUAAGGUGACUGUGUACACUGGUGACAAACGUGGAGCUGGGACGGACGCUAACGUCUACAUCACUUUGUUUGGGGAGAAGGGAGAGUCUGGUGAGAAGAGACUAGAUACAUCCAGGAGGAACGACUUUGAAAGAGGACAAAUUGAUGAGUUUUAUGUGGAGUGUCCAGGCCUUGGGAGACUGGAGAGAAUCAGAAUAGGCCAUGAUAACAGUGGCUUCUCUGCUGGCUGGUUCCUGGACAAGGUCAUUAUUGAUGACAUGGAUAUGGGCACCGUGUAUGAAUUUCCUUGUUACCGGUGGCUGGCCUCAGAUGAAGAUGAUGGAAUGAUCUCCCGAGAGCUUCUUGUCAAUGUGGGUGCAACAGAAGCCCCACCAGGUGUGCCAUACUCCAUCACCGUGAUAACAGGAGAUGUCCGUCAUGCUGGAACCGACUCCCGUGUGUAUAUCCUCCUCUACGGGGGUAAGGGUGGAGAAGAGAACAGUGGGAAGAUUUGGCUGGAGGGGGGCAAGUUUGAGCGUGGCAAAACAGACAAGUUCAAUGUGGAAGUAAAUAAAUUGUUGUCUCCCCUUUCACGAAUUGAUGUGGGCCAUGACAACAAGGGGGCUGCGUCUGGCUGGUUCCUGGAGAAAGUCAUUGUGAACUGUCCAAGUGCAGGACUAGAGCAAACCUUCCCUUGUUCCAAAUGGCUAGCACUGGAUGAGGCAGAUGGAGUUAUACAGAGGACCCUGUAUGAACAGAAGGCACACCGCAAAAAGAGAGAAAAAUUGGUGACCUGGUAUACGUGGGUUUACACUAGUGACCUGAAGGGUGCAGGAACAGACUCUAAUGUCUUCCUGGUGGCCUAUGGGGAGAAAGGCAAGUCAGAUGACAUUCCAUUACGAAACAAAACCGACAACUUUGAGUCCGGCAUGAUGGAUGCUUUCAAAUUUGAGAUGACUGAUAUUGGCAAGCCGUACAAGAUCCGAGUGUGGCAUGAUGACAAAGGAUUAGCAUCAGGAUGGCAUCUGAAUAAGAUUGUCAUGGAGAACAUGUCCACCAAAGAACGCUAUAACUUCCCGUGUGACCGUUGGCUUGCCACUGAUGAAGAUGAUCACCAGAUUGUGAGAGAGUUACCUGCUAGUGGUCCAGGGAUAAAUAAGCCACUGCCUAUUGUCCACUACAGUGUGGAGGUUCACACUGGAAAGAAGACUGGAGCCGGAACAGAUGCCAAUGUCUUCUUGACCAUCUUUGGUGACCUGGGUGACACUGGGGACAGACAUCUGAGGCAAUCCAAGAGUAACAGGAACAAGUUUGAGAAAGGCAGUGUGGACACUUUUGACAUUGAGGCUGUGACCUUGAAGAAGUUAAGGAAGAUCAAGAUAGGACAUGAUGGAAAGAGGGCUGGUGAUGGCUGGUUUUUGGACAAGGUCGUCAUUAAACAGGAUGGUUCCACCAAAUAUGACACAGUAUUUGAGUGCAACAGAUGGUUGUCCAUAGAUGAAGAUGAUGGUGCCAUUGUAAGGGAGAUAACUGCAGGUGGCAGUCAGAUGUUGAGCACCACAUCAUACCAUGUGAGUGUGAAGACUGGGAAUGUGAGAGGAGCUUCGACAGAUGCGAACGUCUUCAUUAAAAUCUUUGGCACUGAUGGUGACACAGGGACCCUGAAGCUGAGGUCUUCAGAAAAUACAUCAAACAAGUUUGAGAGAGGUCGCAGGGACAUGUUCAAACUGGAGGCUACAGACAUAGGCAGGAUUAAGAAGAUAAAGAUUGGGCAUGAUGGUGUGAGCCCUGGAGCAGGCUGGUUCCUGGAUGAGGUGACUAUUGACGUGCCAUCCCGCGGGGAGCACUACCUGUUUGCCUGUCACCGGUGGCUGUCUAAGGAUGAGGAGGAUGGCCAGAUAGAGCUGGAGCUUGACCCCUCAUCUGUGGAAGAGAGGGACAAAAACAUUCCAUAUGAGGUGACAGUAUGGACAGGAGAGCAGAAAGGGGCCGGCACAGAUGCCAACGUCUUCAUCCAGAUGUAUGGUGACAAGGGCAAGACAGAGGAGCUCAAACUGAAGAACAGGACUGACAACUUUGAGAAGGGCAACAUGGAUAAGUUCAAGAUUGAAGCAGCUGAUAUUGGCACCCUGCAGAAAGUGAGAAUCGGUCAUGAUGGGAAAGGCCUUUUGGCAGGCUGGUACCUGGAAAAGUUUUUGAUCCAAAGACCAAAAGCAAAGGUGGAUAAAGGCAAGAGAAAACCAGGUGAGGUGAGAAAGAAGUCCUUAACUCCUGAGCAGAGGCGUAAGUCUAUCCUGGAGACAGGGGACUACAGUGAUGAGGAUUCUGACAGCACGUCCAUGUCCACACCCGGUAGAGGGCGCCGACGGUCUCCUCGUCAGUCGCGCGAUGAGCUGGACUCUGACAGUGGUCGCCGUAGCCUCUCAGCCAAACGUCACCUUCACCUGAGGACAGUCGCAGAAGAGGAUGUAGAAGAAGGAACGGAGGACUACUGGUUUUUUGUGGAUAACUGGUUUGCCCGUAAUGAGGGUGACGGCUUAAUAGUGAGGGAACUCAUACCCACAGACAAACAUGGAAGACCGUUGAAGGGAACCCUAGAAGAGAACGAGUACACGGUGAAGGUGUACACUGGAGACAAGUGGGGAGCAGGGACGGAUGCCAACAUCUUUGUGAAUUUGUUUGGGAAGAAAGGAGACACUGGAGAGAGACAGCUCAAGGAGUCUAACAAGAUCAACAAAUUUGAGAGAAAGCAGGAGGACAUUUUUACAAUCAAAGCAAUUGACUUGCAUAGACUAACAAAAGUGAAAAUUCGUCAUGACAACAAAGGGGGAGGUGCAGCCUGGUUCUUGGACAGAGUAGAAGUGGAGGACACUAAGCGCAAGAAAAGUUAUUUCUUCCCAUGUCAGCGCUGGCUGGCUGUAGACGAGGACGAUGGUCAGAUAGCCAGAGAGCUGGUCCCUGUGGAUGACACACUGCGACAGAAACUAGCAGGCAAAGACACUACUGCUAUCAGAGAUGAGAUAGCAUUGGAAACUAAAGCUGCUAUGACCACGUAUCAUGCCAAGGUGACAACUGGAAAGAAGUGGGGAGCAGGCACAGAUGCUAAUGUUUAUGUCAUUUUAUAUGGGGAAGAAGACAACACAGGUCAAAUGUUCCUGAAGUCUUCCCUGACAAACAAAAACAAGUUUGAAUCUGGCCAGACAGAUGAAUUUAUACUUGAGGCAGUAGACAUUGGAGACCUCAAGAAAAUCAGAAUUGGUCAUGACAAUGCAGGGGGAGGGGCAGCCUGGUACCUGGACAAAGUGGUGAUUGACGCCCCGUCCCUGGGGAAAGCCUGGACAUUCCCAUGCUCACGCUGGCUCUCAAAGAAAGAGGAUGAUGGUCUGAUUGAGAGAGAGCUUUUCCCUCAAGAGCUGGCCACAGAGGUUUAUGACAAAUGUGUACCUUAUGAGGUGACAACCUAUACGAGUGACCGGUCAGGUGCCUCCACUGAUGCAGAUGUCUACAUUGUACUGUACGGUAAAGAUAUGUGUACCAUGCAGAAACCACUAUGUGCCAGUAAGCGAGAGAGAAAGGAGAGUUUCAAGAAGGGAGCUGUGGAUAAAUUCAUUGUCGAGCUAGAAGAUGUAGGAGACUCCAUAGAGAAGAUCCGCAUAGGCCAUGAUGCCUCGGGCUUUGGGUCUGGCUGGCAUCUCAGCAAGGUGGAGAUCAGGAAACUGCUGGAUACUGGCAAGGGAAAAAGUUCCAGUCAGGGUUCAGUGACCUUCACCUUCCCAUGUGACCGCUGGCUGGCCAAAGAUGAGGAAGAUGGGGCUAUUGUACGAGAACUUGUGCCCGAGAAAGUCCUGGAGGAGAGGAUGGGCAGAGAUGGCCAGGUGAAGAUGAAAGAGCGGAGAAAGAAAGAUUCUCUCAUAGCCAAGAAGUAUCUGGUGAACGUGUACACUGGUGAUGUGAAGGGGGCUGGCACUGAUGCCAAUGUUUUCCUGACAGUGUAUGGGGAUAAAGGUGACACAGGGGAGAGGAAACUCAGCAAGUCAGAGACUCACAGGGACAAGUUUGAAAGGGGACAGGUGGAUAAAUUCACCCUGGAUGCAGUAGAUUUGGGUAAUAUCCACAAAAUCCACAUUCGCCAUGACAACUCCAUGUUGAACCCCUCCUGGUACCUGGACAAAGUAGAGGUGGUUGACACCAUGGAUAACGAUGUGACCACCUUCCACUGUGAGAGGUGGCUGGCCAAGAACAAGGACGAUGGCAGGAUUGAGAGGAGCUUCUAUAUUAAGGGUUAUGAUGGUGAGAUGUCCAGUCAGGGUACACUGCGGUCAGCUGGUAGGAUUGGAUCCAUCUCCAGUCUAGAUUCCCUGAAAAGUGACACAUUUGGCAAAAGUCCACGACUCAGUAAGAAACAGCUCUCCCUAGAGCAACUGCCUGAAGGACCUACAAUUCCCUACACUGUAAAAGUGGUCACAGGAAGUGGGGCUGAUAAUGGCACAGAUAGUAAUGUUUGGAUCAAGAUCUUUGGGCCCAAGAAAAAGUGCUCUGGGAAGUUGUUCUUAGAACUGGCCCAGAAGGAGACCUUUGAACCUGGUUCAGUAGAAACCUUCUCACUGGAGGCCCUGGAAAUGGACGAAGUCAGACAGAUAGAGUUGGGCCAUGAUGGUGUCACCCCAGGGAGUGGGUGGUUUGUGAAGGAGGUAGAUGUCGACAUCCCCACAAAGGGCAAACAUUAUCACUUCAGCUGUAAGACGUGGCUGGCCCGAGACAAGGGAGAUGGAAAAACUAGCCGGGUGUUCACUGUGGAGGAUGGCACGAGUACCAUGUUCUCCUACAGACCCAUGGUACAGUACGAGGUGACGGUGUACACUGGAGAUGUGGACCAGGCUGGCACAGACUGCCCUAUCACACUCACUGUGUUUGGCACAAAGGGCUCUUCAUCCAUCAUCCCUCUUGAUAAAAGUGGAGAUCGGUUUGAGAGAGGAAGAAGUGAUCUCAUCAAGUUGGAACUGGAGGACAUAGCCCCACUGAGGAAGCUGAGAAUUGGCCAUGAUGGAAAGGGAAGCCGACCAGACUGGUAUCUGGAAAAGGUGGACUUCCGUAACAUGGAAACAGGGGACUUGACAGUGUUCAAAUGUAACAAGUGGUUCAGUCGCAAGAAAGCAGAAGAUGGGAAAAUUGUGCGAGACCUACCAGCUUUCAUCAAAGGGAAACAAGUUAUAGGAAUGACUUCCUACAAGGUGAAGGUAAAGACAUCAGCUAUCAGAGGUGCCGGCACGGAUGCUAACGUCUUCAUCAGCCUGUUUGGGGAGAAUGGUAACUCAGGAGAUCUCCACCUGAAGAGCUCUGAGACAAACAAAAGUCCGUUUGACAAUGAUCAGCUGGAUGAGUUCACCAUCUCUGAUAUACUGAGCGUGGGAGAGCUCAGUAAACUCAGGGUCUGGCAUGACAAUAAAGGUUUGGGAGCUGCAUGGCACCUGUCCUACAUCGAGGUGACAGACCUAAACACCAAGAAGAAGUUCAUGUUCCCCUGUGACAAAUGGUUAUCAACGCGUGAAGAUGACAAACAGAUAGUAAGGGAGUUGACCUGUGCUAACCAGAACAGUCCUGACUCACCAGCCAGGGAAAAGGAGAGAGUCACUUAUGAGAUAGAGGUAAUCACAACAGACAAGAAAGAAGGAGGGACAAUCCACAAUGGCUGGAUUCUGCUGGAAGGCUCUGUGCGCACUUCCAAACCAUACAUCCUGGAGAACAGUGCUCAGAACAAAAUACUCCGCAGAGGACAGACGGAUUACUUCAAGUACUCCACCAGGAAUCUUGGGAAACUGGAGAAGUGCAUUGUGGGUGCUGUGGAGCGUGAAGACAAACCCCUGAGUGACAGAGGAGCCAGAGAGGCCCAGUGGCACUGUCAUCAAGUGACCAUCACUGACACAUCAACUGGUGCCAAGUAUGUGUUCAUGUGUAAGGACUGGAUUCCUAUCAGCGAUCGAAUCUCACGGCGAGACGCCAAAGAGUUGGAGGUGAAGUCUGUGGAGGAGAGUCAAGUGGCCUUAGUCAGACAACUAGCUGCUGUGAAGUAUGAGGUAGUAGUGAUAACCGGGGACUUGCCAGGAGCUGGUACAGAUGCUAAUGUCUCUAUCAUUAUUUACGGGACAAAUGGGGACACCGGCAAACGCCCGCUCAAACAACGUUUUCGGGAUCUUUUUGAGAAAAAUCAAAUAGACAAAUUCCAGAUAGAAGCUCUUGACCUUGGGGAGUUAACCAAGUUAUACAUUGAGCAUGACAAUGCUGGUCUGGGCGCUGGCUGGUUUCUAGAGAAGGUGGAGGUGAUCAAUAUGGCCACUAACUCGAAGACAGUCUUUCCUUGUCAUCAGUGGCUUGACCGCAAGAAAGGCGACGGAGAAAUUGCCAGAGUCCUACUGCCCCAGAUCGACUGAGAUCUUCACUUUUAAACUUGCCAAGUGUUUUUUUAUGAAAUGCCACAAAUGGAAUAGUGUAGAUGUGUAUAUUUUAGAUGAAUAAAAUCCAUUAUGAUGAUUAAAACCAAAUAUCAAAACUGUAUAAGUAUAGUUAAUGUCCAGUCACAUUAUUGUAUUGCAUGUGUGUUUACAUGUAUAUCACAAUCACAUUAUUGCAUUGCAUGUUUGAUUACAUGUAUAUCACAAUCACAUUAAUGCAUUGCAUGUUUGAUUACAUGUAUAUCACAAUCACAUUAUUGUAUUGCAUGUUUGAUUACAUGUAUAUCACAACCAAAUACAAAGACAAGUUUACAUUUGU